UUUUUCCAGACGCUCGUAACUGAGCGUUUGAUCGUUUCUUGUUGUUUUUAUCCUGUUGUUGUUAGAAUAAGUUUUAUUACUACCCUGUUUUAAUAUACUCCAAUUUGAUGAAAUCAAAGUGCAAUAUUACGUGUUUAUAAUCACUGUGAUAAAAGUUAACAUAUGGGUCCAGUUUGGAGUUCUACAUUGCCUUUCACGCGGAAAAUUCAAUCAAACGUUAUCGACAUUUUAUUCGUGAUGAAUUCAUAUCCGUCUAAGCAUAGGAAAAGACGAUUCUUUGAGGUCACCGAUGAAAACAGAAAUCCCAAUGCUGCCAAGCGUCUUAAUAAUGCCGAGGAGAAUACAAAAAUUAUUGAACAGUACCAACCGUUACUGAGGAAAUACGAAAAUGACAGAGACCUCGUUAUUCUUGAUGCAGAAGAGGAACUCGGAACCAAACCAGGCCAAAACUAUCUAUCGAUAGUACUCAGAACCAAAAUAUUUGGCAAAAAGGGCGACGGGAAAUUGUACAAAAAGUCAUUUAUUCGUAAAAUAGCAGUGGAAAAUGAGACUUACAAGACGAUGGCUCGCAGUGACGAUUUGUUCCGGAUAGAGGCCCAUAUGUACGAGAAUUUGCUGCCGCUCUGGGGUAACAUCGGUCCUAAGUGCAUAUUCUCGCAGCCCGACGAAAUAAUCCUCGAGGAUUUGGGACAAAGGCAAUUUAACACUUGCGAGAUACGAAAUUUCUUCGACCUCGACCACUGCUUAGCCGUAGUACAAACGUUAUCAUCUAUGCAUUCAAAAUCGUUGAGUCUGAAGUUGAAAGAACCAGAAACAUUCGAAAGGUUAAUCGCACCGCUCAACGAGAAUAUAUUUCCCGCAGAUGAGCGUCCAUCGAUGAGUAUUCACUACGAGAACGGAAUUGGCACAGCACUCACCCUUUUGCAGUCGAUUCAACCCUGCGUCCCAAAAGUUGACCGUGCAAUCAAAUUCUUGCUCCACUAUCAAAAUAAAGUGGUUGCGACGAUGAAGGAGUUUCUAUUGCCGAGAGCGGGCACCAAGCGAUACUGGGUUAUCACACAUGGAGAUACUUGGAAGAAUAAUAUUAUGUUUAAUUACGAUAACGAGGGUAAAAUCGUAAAUGUCAAGUUCGUUGACUUCCAGAUUGCUAGGCACGCUUCCGCGGCGCUCGACUUUACCUACUUCCUGUAUACAUCUGCUCAAGCCGAGGUCAUCGAGAAUCAUAUUGAUGACAUCGUAGCCGAGUAUGAGCGAUUUUUCCUUCAUGACCUUCGUCGCUGCGAUGCACUCGAGUCUGAUCUCAAGGCUUUUUCACGACCUGGGUGGUUCACCGAAGAACUUCAACGAUAUGGCCUGUUCGGGUUUCUUGGUGCACUUACCACUAUUAAUGCCAUAUUCAUGGACGAGGAAAGAGCUGCUCUCUACGAAAAAUCUAAAAUUGGCGACGUAGAGAUUCCAAGUGGUGGAGAAAGUUCAACGGAAAAAAGAGAUAGGAUACUGUUUAUGAUCGAUCACUACAUCACGCAUUUUCGAAAAGACCUCUGAUGCCGGAAUAUUGUAGGCAUAUAUUUUUCCUGGCUACGUUAAGUUAUGGUGUUUUACUAGAAAAUUUUAGUUGUUAUGUUUUUAAAUUAUAUAUAUGGCCAAUUCCACACAAAAAAUAUAUUAAUUCGGCUUCCUUUUUUAAAAACUUCAAUUAUAUAUAUUUUUUCAAUUAUUUUAUAAAAUUUAUAAAAACGAAAAAUGAUAGAAUUAAUUUGACUUCGAAAUCGAAUUCCACGGGUCAAAACUCGUUUAAACCAUACCUUGGUUUAUUUUUUGUUCAAAAUGUUGACCCUUGCAAAACUUUAAAAACAUAAAUUUCACCUAAACCUGUCAUUUUGACAGUUUUAUUAUAGCAAUAAGUUACUUACGCAGUGCUAUAGCAUUCAAAGCUUUGUAAGAGUUGAAAUUUUGAGCAAAAAAUAAAAAAAAAAUAGAUUUUUCUACAUACAUUUCAGCCAUAGAGGUUGAAUUUGAAAAUAAAAUGACGUCAUUUUUUAUUGAAUUCAAUAUCCGCGAUGAGAGGUAGAAUUAUCUUUUGAGUUUUAUGAAUAGUACAUUUCUAAAAUUAAAUACGAAGAAAUAGGAGCACACGCUCAAUUUGAAAAGUUAGCGAACCCGCGCCAAAAAAUGCAUUUUCUGUGUGGAAUCGGUCAUAUACUUUCACGCGUUACUAUUUAUACCAAAGGGAUUUAUAGUGCAGUUACAAAGUAAUUUAUUAAAAUAGUAUUUUUAUACGUUAAUUGUCAAAAUGUUUAUUGCCAUAAUUAUUUUUUAUAAGUAUGUAUUUUAUAAAUGUGUGCAUAACGUUUAUCAAUUGAUUUUAAUGUUCAUGUUCAUGCUAUAUGGUCAUUGUGGAAAUUUUAAUAGUCAGAGUAUUCUACUGUAUAAUUUUCAAAGAAUUACUUAAAGCUAUUGUAAUUGGCGUAUUUAUGUAACAGUAUUUUUACAUUACGUACGAAACUUAAUUUUAUUCAUGCUGCGUGCAUCUAGUUUUGAAUAUUUAAUCCAUGAAAAAAAAUUAAACAGUCUAAUAAUGUUUUAUUAGAAUCAGAAUAUAAAGUAAUGAGGUAAGCGUGUAUAGUAAUGUAAAUGGAGUACAAACUAUGGGUGAAAUCGAGAAAAAGAAAUAUAUAGUAGCUGUAUUUUUGUACAAUCGUAACUGUGGGAGAACAGCUGAAUGCUGGAGAAAAAGCGUUGACGCAGUAAUCCUUACUUUUUACAAUGUAUCUUCCGCAGUUCGUCGCCGCCGAGAGCCCGAGUUAUCUUUUUCAAGCGACUUAGCAACUCGUAAAUCCUAAGAUGCUAGCUCGUGAAUAUAUAUUGUACCUGCCUCAAAGUUUUUAGCGUUAAAUUUGUAUAUUGAAUUAUUGUGUAGUAUAUUUUUAAUAUAUAUUUUAUACCUACUCCAUCUGUUUAUUUCUAUGUAC